AUGGCCGCACUCCUUUCACUCCAGCUAAAAGACUUACUGGACCAGCACAAUGAAGCUCUAUUGGAGGCAGUGGCUGCGGCUUUCAGACCUCUCAUUGUUCAUACUACUGCCCCGGCUGUUUUAACUACCUAUACAGAUACAAGCGCGGCAGUUACAUGUGGCCCGAGGCGGGCGCCAUCUUUGACCCUAACUUCUGGACAUUUCUUGUCGCAUUACAGCAAGAGAGAGGUCGCCGGUGGAGAACUGGGUAUGCAGAGUGCGAACUUCUCCGGCCCUACCGCUAUCAUAGCUACUAGACCUGAAGAACAGACAAGUGGAGCGGCAAGUCACCUACUUCUGAUGACGGCCCCGGCUGAGUCCGGGGAGUGGCGGCAGGUUGGGGAGAAAGAGGAGAUUGAUGUGCUGAGUCCCGCUGUGAGGCGGCCGAUCGCUGUGGGAACAGCAGUCAAGACCUAUAAGAAGAAGGAGGUCACUCAAUCUGUGCAGAGUCUGGAUGCCUUUGAGAAAAAGCCGGCAUUUGUAAGGAUGCAGGGGAAAGCAGCUAUAACACGCGGCUCCACUUUGCCUGAAAACGGGGUCACUACUUUGAGCUUGCAAGAGAUGUGCCUUCUAUUUACAGGCACCAAAGAGUUGUUUCCAGAAUUUCCAUUCCAUAAUGGCAGCACCCCAGUAUCAAUUGAACUGGAGAGACCAGUAUCCCGGCAUUGCCACAGGGGGGUCUCCUUAUCCUCAGACAACCAGCAGAAGCUACAUGCACGAAAAAAGUUGUAUUUUGCCUGUGUUGUGUGCUUCAUCUUCAUGAUUGGAGAGAUAGUAGGGGGGUAUCUUGCACACAGCCUGGCUAUCAUGACAGAUGCCGCCCACCUUCUCACAGACCUGGGUAGUAUGUGCGUCAGCAUCUUUUCCCUAUGGAUUUCUACCCGCCCACCAACUAAAAGUAUGAACUAUGGCUGGCACCGUUCAGAGAUCCUGGGUGCUUUGGCCUCUAUUCUCUCUAUCUGGAUAGUGACAGGUGUGCUGGUGUACCUUGCCACAGUACGAAUAAUUAACAAUGAUUAUGACAUUGAUGGACAUGUGAUGCUUAUCACAUCUGGCUGUGCAGUUGGUGUCAAUAUCAUAAUGGCCUAUAUCCUUCACCAAUCCACCACUUUUCAUGGGCACAGUCAUGGCUCAGGUUAUGAGAAAAUUGGAGACAGUCCCAGCAGUGGCCUUGCUCUACACCUGGGACACCAUGGGAACACGAGCGUCAGGGCAGCUUUUGUCCACGUCAUUGGUGACCUCCUGCAAAGCAUCGGAGUGCUCGUGGCUGCUAUUGUUAUAUACUUCAAGCCUCAGUAUAAGAUUGCAGAUCCUGUCUGCACCUUCCUCUUCUCUGUAUUUGUCCUUGGAACUACAAUCACUGUUUUACAAGAUGUCUUCUGGGUACUCAUGGAAGGUGCUCCCCGCAGUAUCUCAUACAACUCUGUAAAGGAGGUCCUGUUGAUGGUUCAAGGGGUUCGAUCUGUUCAUAGUCUCCGUCUAUCUGCUCUCACCCUCACCCAGAAUGUGGUGUCUGUUCACUUAGCUAUAGAUGACAAUUGUGACUCAGAUGAAGUGCUAAGAGAGGCCACUGAUGUUCUGCAGAAAAAAUUUGAGUUCUUCAUCAGUAACAUCCAAGUUGAGAGAUAUAUGGAAGACAUGGCAGAGUGCCAACAGUGUCAGGACCCCAUGGGCUGA